UGGGCGGCGGCAGCGGGGCAGGAAAUGUGGCGCAGAGUCCACAGACCCAACACGCGGCGCACGCUGCUCACAAGCUCAAACCUCCGACCGAUCUCUGCUGCCUCUGUCAUCAUCAUCGUCGUUGUUGUUGUUGACGUCGCAAAAGCCGAGCUGCAAACCCAAGCGGACACCCAAAAGCGUCUCGCUUUCUUCAUUGCAGCAACAACAACAACAACACAUCCACGAAAGCUCGUUUUAACCGAAACGUAAAACUUUAUUUUUUUUUAAGUUUGUUCGACCGCCGCCGCCCACCGUGGGAUGUCAUUCUGCGGCUUAUCGAGUGAAGUUGCACUCCCCACGACUCUUCGCUUAAGUCGAAGCGACUAAACCGACCCCCCCCCCAAAUCGCUCGUUUUGUUGCCUCUUGCUUGGUAUUGGCCUGAGAUCUCUGUGCCACUGACGGAGGAGGAGGAGGGGGAGCAGGAAGGGAGCUCCACGACUCGCCAUGGCCUCACUCCGAGCCCUGCCUCUUCUCUGCCUGCUGUGCGCGGGGCUCAGCGCGGAGGACGUCCCCAGCGCGGAGGGCGUCCCCAGCGCGGAGCUCCUCGAGGAGCACGCUCAAGAGAGCGCGAGCGGCCGGUGGUCGCGGCAGCUGCAGGAGCUGGAGAAGUUCAGCGUCGUGGUGCCGCGCCUCGUGUCCGACCGCCACAAGCGGUAUCUUGACCCAAGCAGCGACGAGGGGCAUCCGGACAGCACGAAAUUUGAGAUCGAGAUUGAGGGGGAGACACUGGUGCUUGAGCUGGAAAAGAACGAGAACUUGAUAAGCCCUGCAUUUGACGUUACCUACUACCUGCCGAAUGGCACGCGGGUCACCCAGAAGCCAAAGGACCUGGAGCACUGCUAUUACCAUGGUCGGGUGCAAGGACAGCCAGACUCUGAUGUGAGCCUCAGCACGUGCGCUGGUCUCAGGGGCUACGUGAAUGCGCGGAACGUGAGCUACGGCGUGGAGCCGCUGGAGGGCUCCUUGAGAGGGGGCGCCCCCGUCUCCGAACUGCAGCACGUGGUGUACCGCGCGGAGCACAUGCGCAUGCCGCCCGGGGGGUGCGGCUUGCACCUCUUCUUCCCCCACGGCGACCUCAACGGAACGGAGCACGGAGGGUUCCCCCAGCACCUCCGAAGGAAAAAGCGCAACGUCCUAAACGAGACAAAGUAUGUGGAGCUCAUGGUAAUCGGCGACAAUAGAGAGUUUCAGUCUCAAAGCCAUGACGUGGAGAGGGUGAAAAGGCGCGUGCUUGAUCUUGCCAACAACAUGGAUGGGUACUACAAGCCGCUGAACGUGCGCAUCGCGCUGGUCGGCGUCGAGGUGUGGAACGUGCGAGACCUCAUCGUCCGGGACUACAGCGCCAGCGACACGCUCAGCCGCUUCCUCGAGUGGCGCAUGACCAACCUUCUGCCCCGCAAGCACAAUGACAAUGCUCAUCUCCUCACUGGAGGCGUCUUCUCCGAUUCGGCCAUCGGCAUGGCCCCUGUGUCAACCAUGUGCACUAAAGAUCGCUCGGGAGGAAUUUCCAUUGACCACUCGACGAGCGCACUCGCCGUGGCCUCCACGAUGGCCCACGAGGUCGGCCACAACUUGGGCAUGAACCACGACAUGCCGGAGCGCGGCUGCGUCUGCUCGGCGUCCGCCAACAAGGGCGGCUGCAUCAUGGAGCCUGCCUCCGGCUUCACGCCUGGGCAGGUGUUCAGCACGUGCAGUCGAAAGGACCUGCAGGGCAGCCUCCAGCAGGGAGUAGGCAUGUGUCUCUUCAACGUGCCAGGCCCUGGCGACCUGUACGGGGGCCCGCGCUGCGGGAACCAGUACGUGGAAGUCGGCGAGCAGUGCGACUGCGGCACAGUCCAGGAAUGUAACAAUGUGUGCUGCGAUGCCAGCACAUGUAUGCUCAAGAAAGGUGCACAGUGUGCCGAAGGGCUGUGUUGCAAAGAUUGCCAGAUUCUGAGCGAGCACACGCUUUGCCGUGGCAUCAUGGGAGAGUGCGACCUGGCCGAGUACUGCGAUGGCAUCAACCCCAACUGCCCGGGCAACGUGUUCCUCAAGAGCGGCUCCCCUUGCCAGGGCGGUGCGGCGUUUUGCUACACGGGCAUCUGCAACACGCUCGCCGAGCAGUGCCAGCAGCUGUGGGGAUCAGAAUCCGAGCCGGCCGAAGACCUCUGCUAUCAGGUGGUCAACGACAACGGGGACAAGUUUGGGAACUGUGGCCGUGACAAGUCCGGCGCCUACGUCGCCUGCUUGACCGCGAACAUCAUGUGCGGGAAGCUGCUGUGUCGGGGUGGCACGGGCCAGCCUAUCGUCGGCUGGGACAUGCAAAUCAUCGACACGAGCAUCACCAUUGGCAACGUGCAGCACAAGUGCCGCGGGACCUACUUCAAUCUGGGCAGCGACGUGCCCGAUCCGGGCUACGUGCUGUCGGGCACCAAGUGCGGAGAGGACAAGGCCUGCUUGAACCAGGAAUGCCAGAAAGUGUCGGUGUUCGGUGUUCAGGCGUGUAACAACUACUGCGGCGGUCACGGGGUUUGCAACAACAACAACAACUGCCACUGCGAUGCUGGCUGGGCACCUCCCAACUGCUCCAGUCCAGGGAACGGGGGCAGCUUGGACGGUGGCUCUCCCUGGAGCCCCACUCCACCGAGCUACCCUCCGUUAAACCUCACAUCAGUAGUGAUUGAGAACAGCUCGUACGUGGGCUACCCGUCCACGAACCGCGCCACAACGCUAGACGAGAGCAGAUCAGUGUCCGCAGUCGUUGGUGUCAAUACGCCAGCCCACGGUAGCGGUCACGUGACCAAAACUCCUAACCUACGGAGUGUACCAGGAAGUCGAGAUGUUCCCGACGACUCUGUGGACAGUAAUAGUAAUUCAGGUAGCAACGCCGGCAAGGUGGCCCUGCUGGUGAUCUUCCUCUUGGUGGUGCCUCUCCUUGCCUGCGGAGUGGUGCUGUGCUACUGUUACCGGGAGGCACUCAAAAAGUCCUGGCAGAGUGGCCGUAAGCCGCGCGCUCAGACGUACAGCGAUUGUGCCAGGGACAGUCAUGAGGUACAGAAAAUGACAGAUUUGGAGGCCCAGGAGUUGGAAGGGGACAGCGAGGCUGGGAAUGGAGGGGAUGCUGGACAUGGCGGCAGGGUUCAGCAAACCGAGUUGCACACGGCACGGCCUGCACUGUCCCCGACGAGGCCAAAACCCCCGACGAAGCCACUGCCUAGCGGAGGUCACGAUCAGAACUCGACGACCAAUGAGCCACCGUAUAAACCACCGCCACCACAGAAACCGCUGCCUUCGAACCCGGCGAGGCGUCCCGUGAUGCUGUCACAAACCAAGAUCCCUUCGGGGCCAUCCUACGUGGCCCAGCCUGUCGUAGAGGUCACGCCCAGCAGACCACCACCUCCCGCACCCAAGAGCAAGCCCUCCUCCAAUGUCAGGGCCUGAGCCUCUUGGAAAUAUUGCUGAGCGAGUCACACCUGACAGGGCUUGAGACCAAGAAAAUAGCUCCACGUUCGGUAAUGAUAAGCAACAGUCCGGGCCAAAGCAAAGAUGUGAAAAUGACACUCGGUGCUGCUGUAUGCUGCGGUUUCGCAACUUAUAUCGGACACAACCAGCAAGAUACAAACAGAUGGCACCCUGGCAUCAUAACACGCGUCAAUUAUAAGAGCACAAAUCCACUGUUGCUGCGUGAUUUACAAAACUGACGAAAUGCCGAUUUAAGUUUGAGAACUUCUUUGGGUUUGCUGGUUCUGGAUGUAAAUAUCUUUUCCAGUUUGAGGCAAAUGUAUAUCACUGAGCAAUGUGCUCAGAGUAGACCAGCAAAUUGCUACAAAUCCAGUUUAUUUAGUAAAAUCACAAAUUUAAGUUUUCUUGCUAAAAAUACCUUGCUAAUUAACAAAAAAGUCCAAUCAUUUGUAUGUCAUCACCUUGAUAUGAUUUGACAAAAGCAUUAGAUGCUGUGAGGUAUAAUCAUAAUGCCAUAUCUUUCUCCAGGAAGGAUAAAUAUAUGGUAUUACUGAUUCUCAAAAUGUAUUAUCAGGUGGGUUCUGCAUUGGAAUGUUUAUCCAGCCCGUUUAAGGAAUCUGUUGAAUCUGGGAGGAAACUGGAAUACCCAGAGAAAAUCCAAACUUAUGAGAUGCAAACACACAAAGGUCAGCACAGAACGGAUCCAUGAACAGUACUUAUAUCUCCUUGACCACGUUAGAACUCGGUGGGUUUAAGUUUUCCAAACCUCUCCAUGAUCCACUAACCCUAGUCUCCAACACACUGGAUCACAGGCACGCACCACUAUGUCCUGGUUGAGUUCGUUGUUGUAUAUGUUGCAUUUUAAAACAAGUUACAAUUAAGGCAGUGGAAAUGUUGUCACAAUUGGCAUGUACAUUUCUAAUUACAUAUUUACGAGAAAUUGUUUAUUCUUAAAGUGUUUACUUAGUCACUGUAACAAAAUUCGUGGACUAUGGCCACACUUUCUCAAGUAAUAAUAGUACAUAUUAAAUGUUGAUUUACUGCCUAUUAAAUUGACAUUUGGUAGAGUUUAAUAGUAACAAUUGUUUUUAAAAAAAUUAUAUCAUUGUGGAAUUGUGAUUGAGCUGCAGUCCAACAAUUACAAUGAUCCUUUUAACCACCCAGACGAUUUGGCCGUAUGCGCACAUUUAUUAAGUGAAUGUGUAAAUGAAAUAUUUCUGUGGGUUACAAACUGCGAAAAUGCCUUUCUCAAAAUGUCGUAAAGAUUUGUAUGGCUUUUGUUAACUGACUUAUGCACUCCGUGACCAUAAUUAUAGUUUGACAUUACAUACCUACGAGCAACUUGAGACGUUUUUCAAUGUUAGUGGUGUUCCUCUGUGACUAAAUUAAAUGUCUUAAAUAAUAUAUUCUAUAAGAAAGGGCUUUUUAGAAAUACUUGACAUAUUUUCCUUUUAUUAUAUUUUAUUAAUCUAGUAUAUACUGUAGUUGAAUUGUAAUUAAAAAGAAUUAUGGGUAAGUGGUUGUGUAUAGUUUGUAUAAAUCUGUUAUCACUUUGUUGUACAAUUCCAUCUUUUUUUUAUAAUAAAAUCGUGAGAAUUAUGACAAAUGACAUUCUGCCAGAACGUACAAUGACACGUCGUAUAUAUUAUCCUCAUAAGCAUAAAGCCUCUCCACGGAGGCCAAAUGACAAAGGGUUAUGGUGUGGUAGCGGUUCAUAUCUUCUAAAUAUAACUGCCAUUAUAUUUCGAAAAAAAAGUGUGGCAGUGUGAUAAAAAUGUGUUUUCUGAAAGUCAUUAUGGGGGAUAUUACUGUACCGCUCUCUUGCAUGAGUUUAGUGCAAUACAUAUAUCAAAAAAUCAAUUUCAUGCUAUGAAGAUUUCUGUUGAUGUUCUCUGUUAAAUGUGUUAUGGUUUGCGCGUAAUUAAGUUGUAUGACUCCUUGUACAGAUUUAUUGUUGGUAUGUUCUACGUUUGUCUUUUUAAAACGGAUUAAAUUUUUCAGGAUUACUGCAUCAGCAGUUUGUCUUACGCCUGAGGAAAAAAUGUUGCCGUACAUUGAACUCUUGUACGUUUCAAAGAGUGUUUCUGAAUGGCUGAAAAGGAGGUUCAUGCCAAAUGAAUGUGCAACUGGAUGGGUUUACUCUAGGAUUCGCUGCUUUUUAAAAAUUGGUUUUACAUUUACGUAGAUAUUUGGUGAUAUAAUCCACCUGGAAUAAUGAAAAUAAAGAGUAUCUGAUCUGUG